UUGUCAAUAUGUUUGGAACGUCGAACGAAUCAAGAAGCACAUCAUUUUAGCUUAGCAUUAUUUUACACUAAGAUCUUCAACAUGGCAGAGUCAACAGUAGAGUCGGGUUUUUUAACAUUCUUUAGUAAUUUGCUACAAGAAAUAUUCACCAGUCCUAUUAAUUUCACUCUCGUGUGUCUCAUAGUGUUUUUAGUGUAUAAAAUAUUCAAAAGUCGGCAAAAUGAUAAUGAAAUUCCGGCACCAACACCCCAGUUACCAAAAAUGAAGAAGAGGGACUUUACUGUUGAAGAACUCAAAAAGUACGAUGGUACGCAAGAGGAUGGGAGAGUUUUGGUAGCGGUAAAUGGAAACGUAUAUGACGUUACCAGAGGAAAGAGGUUCUAUGGCCCAGGUGGUCCAUAUGCUGCUUUUGGAGGAAGGGAUGCUUCUAGAGGAUUAGCAACAUUUAAUGUAACUGCAUCUGGUGAAGGUUAUGAUGACCUAAGCGAUCUAAGUACUGUGGAAAUGGAUUCAGUUAAAGAAUGGGAAUCACAGUUCAAAGAAAAAUAUGAUUUCAUUGGAAGACUACUUAAACCUGAUGAACAACCUACCAAUUAUUCAGAUGAAGAAGAUGAACCAUCAGCUGCUGGUGAUAAAUCCAAAGACGAUUGAAAUAAAUCGUUUGUAAAAAAAUUACUUUCAAGAUAAAAGGCUGAAGCGGGAUUUAAUAAUCCGUUGUUAAUAAAUUCGGCAUGAUGUCAUCAUGUUCUACUAACACUGUUCGACUAAUAUAAUAAAUUUCGGUUAAUGGCAACAACACACGUUUUUUAAAUACUUUUUUCUCACUAAAAUUGGCGUUUGAAGCAUUUUAUAUGAUGAAAAAUGUCAGUUUUUUUUUGAGGAUUGAGAUGAUGAUUUUUUUAGUUUAAUUUGAUGACAUCUUUCCACUAAAAAAUGCACUUGAUUUCUUAUACAUGUGAAAAUAACGUUGACAGUUUCUUACGUUUAUUCUUACGUUUACGAUACAUUAAGAAUAUAUAUUGAGAAAUUUUUUAAGUUCUUCCAUACUUCCUAAGAAUGACGAUAUCAGGAAUCGAACUGCAAAUGUUAUGAAACGAAAUACUUUCGUUUAAAUGUUGUUUAACAGCUACAUGUUUAUCGAUUAUAUGAUUUUAUUACUUGCUUGUAACAUUCUUCAACUACUUAUGAUUACAAGUUGUAAUUUUUAUCUCACCAGCUUAAUAAAUUAUGAACUUUUGAUGCCAGUACCAUUGAAAAGCAUUUUUCAUCUAAUUUUUUUUCGCACGUCUCGCAAAUAUAGUUUCACUAUUUUAACAUUUGUUCAUGUCAAUUUCUGUAUCAGGAUUAUUUUCUGUGAAUUAUAUAAAAAAGUGAGAUUUAAGAAUUUUAAAUGAACAGCCUGUUGGGUUUUAAGAUAUUUUAUAUUUUUUUAGUGUUUUUCUUAAAUUUCUGUGAUACAUCUAGAGAGACAUAUUUCAGACUUACUUGCAUAAAAAUUCCAAAUUAUGAAUUUUUCAUGAUUAGUUUAUACUUAGAAUUGGGUGUGGUUCUAUACUCUGGUGUAUUUGUAUAAUUAUAUUUUUUGUGAAAAUUG